AGUGACUGAAACCAGCAUGGGCAAGAAGAGUGCGAACCGCCGGCGCAGCAGCAGUGGCAGCGAGGAGACGGCCUUGGCGCUGACGCAGUUCCCGGAUGAGCCCAUCGCGCUUCUCCACUUUGAUGAGAAGGAAGAUCGGCUCCAGGUCAACGAGCAGGCCAUGGAGAUCCUGCAAAAGAUUGAGGGCAAAAUCUCGGUCGUCGCCAUGGCCGGGCUCUACCGCACGGGCAAGUCGUCGAUGCUCAACUGGCUGCUUGGCAACCAGAGCGGCUUUCGCGUUGGCCCGACUGUCGAGCGCUGCACGCGUGGCAUCUGGCUCUGGGGCCGGCCGCAGAAGCACAUCUUGCCCAACGGCGAGCCCUGCUACGUGCUCAUGCUUGACACGGAAGGUCUCGGCGGCUUGGAAGCGUCGGCGCAGUACGAUGUCCGCAUCUUCUCGCUCGCGACCCUUCUCUGUUCGAAGCUCAUCUACAACAGCCAAGGUAGCGUCGAUGAGAAGGCUGUGAACGGGCUUUCGUUCAUUGCCAACAUGACCAAGCACAUUCGCAUCCGCGCGGACGCAUCUGGCGACGACGCCGACGCUGCGGGCGAGGAGUUUUCCAAUUUUUUCCCGUCGUUUACGUGGGUCGUGCGCGACUUUACGCUCGAACUCGUGGACGAAGACGGCGACCCGAUCACGCCCAACGAGUACCUGGAGCGUGCGCUGGCGCCGCAGCCGGGCUUGACGCAAGCCGUCAUGGAGCGCAACCGCGUGCGUCACAUGAUGACGUCGUUCUUCAAGGACCGCGAGUGCCAUACAAUGGUGCGACCGGUGUACGACGAGAACCAGCUGCAGCAGGUUGACAAGAUCCCGAUCACGGACCUGCGCCCUGAGUUCCAGGAGCAGCUCGCCAAGGUCAAGGCCUCGAUCUUCAACAAUCUCUCUCCCAAGAUGCUCAACAACAAGCCGCUCAACGGCUCCAUGUUUGCGGGGCUUCUCGUCGCGUACGUAGACGCAAUCAACAACGGGAGUGUGCCCACGAUCUCGUCGGCGUGGGAUGGCGUCACGGCCACCGAGUGCAAGAAGGCCAUGAAGGCCGCGACUGAGGCCUUCCGCGUGAGCUUGAGCCUCCUCGAGAUGCCGCUGGACCCGGACGACCUCUCCAAGGCACUCAAGGACGCCGAAGCGAGCGCUGUCUCGCAGUACCGUCGGCAAGCGAUGGGCGACGCAACGACCAAGUUUGAGGCCGAGCUCAUGGAAAAGAUCGAGGAGGAGAAGGCCAACGUGCGCAAGCAGAACCGCGCGGUCUCCAAGGACACAUGCGACCGGCUGCUUCAGACGCUCUUCUCAGAGCUCAUCCAGCCGCGUUUCUCGGACGAGAAAAACUCGUACGAGGACAUGCAAGACUUUGCGCGCGAGUGGGUCAAGUUCCGCGAGCGCUACCUUGAGCAGGCCAAGGGCGGCGCCAAGCUCGACUGCCUCCUCGCGUUCUCCGAGACCAAGCACGCGGACGCGAUGCGCCUCCUUCUUUCGCGCCAGGAAGACAAAUUUGAGAAGAAGAUCCGGUCCCUCGAGGCGGAAGCCGCGGCCGUCAAGGAAACGCUUGGUGCCAUCGGCGGUCGUGAGCAAGUGUACAAGCAGCAGAUCGAAGCGCUGCAGCACGAGACGUCCGAGGUCAUGUCGGAACGCGCCAAGUACACGGCUGAGGUCGAAGCCCAGCAGCAGACGAUCUCGCAGCUCAAGGCCAAGCUUGCGCAGGAAGCCAAGGGGAAGCACGAAAUUGACGUCGAGAAGGAGCAGAUUGCGCUCCAGCUCGACACGAUCCGCGGCCACAAGGACGAGAAGGAGCUCGAGCUCGAAAAGAUCCGCAAGGAGUACGAACGCCUCAUGAAGGAAAAGGAACGCACUGACUUGGAGCUGAGCAUGGCGGCUGGCGAGGUUGAGCAGCUCAAGCACGGCCAAAAGUGCGGCUGUGCCAUCCAGUAAGGAGAAGCGACGAGAAGAUGAUAGCCAAUUAUUAUGAGUAAUUGGAUUCGAUAUAUGUGCUCCGUUGACAGCGAC